GUGCCGUUCCCACGGCAACUAUCGCAUAACAUCGAACUCCGAAAGCGGCUGCGAACGUUAGAAGGCAGAAUCAAGUUUUUUGUAUAUCGUCAUAUCAAACUUAAGCGCCGUGGCCAAUCCGCAAUUGCCAAGCGCCGAGAAUCAUCGUUUUAAAGGCGACAACCAAGAAUAAUCCCUCUCACGUUUUCGAACCGUCUUCUCGCCGGUACUCAGUAGUCGAUCAAGGCACGUUUGCCAUCAGUAAUUAUAAACUCCGGCUCAACCAUACCUUCGCACGGCAAAAAAUAUCAAUACAAGAUGUUAAUAAGCGGGCUUUUUAUCUCCAUCCUAAUAUUAGUAUAUAUUUAUUAUAAGUACGUAAUAUUCAAUUUCUGGCGAAAAAAGGGAGUGUUUGUACCUGUCGAACCUGUUGUACCGACUGGCAAUGUGACCAAAUCUGUGAUUGGAAAAAUGUCAAUAGGCGAACUCAUGAAAAAUUUCUAUAUGAAAUAUAAGGAACAUCGUGUUAUUGGAAUCUAUACAUUUUUCAAACCAAAUCUGAUAGUCGCCGAUCUCGAUCUAAUUCAAACUGUGCUCACGAAGGAAUUCAAGAGUUUUCAUGAUCGUGGAAUGUAUUGCAACGAAAAAAUCGAUCCACUAUCUGGUCAUUUGUUUUUAUUGCCCGGAAAAAAGUGGCGGAAUUUCCGCGUCAAAUUGACACCGACUUUCACAUCCGGCAAGAUAAAGCAAAUGUUUGCUAUUAUAAAGGAGUGUAGUGAAGGGUUGACGAAGAGUUUAGAAAUGGAAACUCAUACAAAAAAUGCUGUCAACAUCAAAGAAUUAUUUGCAAGAUACACGACAGACGUAAUUAUGUCAACCGCAUUUGGAAUAAAGUCCAACUGCUUAGUUGAGCCGAAUAAUGAAUAUCGAUAUUGGGGAAAGAAAUUUUUGGAAUUGAAUCCUUUUUGGACUGCUAUAAUGUUUUUCACACCGCAAAUUUUGGACUUCUUUUCCAUUCCCAUUACGGACCGUGGUGUUAGCAAAUUUUUCACGAAAUUAUUCUGGGACAAUGUGAAGUACAGGCAAACUCACAACAUCGUCAGACACGAUUUUAUGAAUCUACUUAUACAACUCAUAGAGAAAGGCUACGUUGAAGUCGACGAUAACAAGAACACCGCCAAUAAAUCUUCUAACACGAAUAAAUUUACCAUUCUGGAGGCGACCGCACAAGCCUUUGUCUUCUUCGUAGCCGGCUUCGAGACAUCGUCGACCACGGCUACGUUCUGCUUGUAUGAGUUAGCUAUACAUCAGGAUAUACAAGACAAAGUUCGCCAGGAGAUCAUUCAGAUGUUGAAAAAGCAUGGUGGACUGACUUACGAUGCUAUGAACGAAAUGACGUAUCUGCACAAAGUAGUCCAAGAAACCUUACGGAAAUAUCCACCUGUUCCUAUUUUGAACCGUAUCUGUACCAAGGAUAUGGUUAUGCCAACGACAAAUGUUCGCAUUCCGGAAGGAACAAACAUCACUAUACCAGUACUAGGAGUGCAUCGAGAUCCAUCAAUAUACCCGGAUCCGGACAAAUUCGAUCCUGAACGUUUCAACGCGGACCAAGUGGCUGCAAGACAUCCUUACGCUUUUUUGGCAUUUGGUGAAGGACCACGUGUCUGCAUUGGUACAAGGUUUGGUUACGUGCAAGCAAAAGUUGGGAUUAUAAGCGUAUUGUCGAGAUUCAAGGCUAAAUUGCAUCCCCAAACUGCGAUACCACUCGAAAUUGAUAAUAAGAUAUUUGUACUCAAUGCAAAAGGUGGUGUAAAUCUUAUUAUUGAACCGCUAUAAGCUAACCACGCUGAUACUUUUAAAUACGGCUGCGAACCGCCGUGGCCAAUCCGCAAUUGCCAAGCGCCGAGAAUCAUCGUUUUAAAGGCGACAACCAAGAAUAAUCCCUCUCACGUUUUCGAACCGUCUUCUCGCCGGUACUCAGUAGUCGAUCAAGGCAAAAAAUAUCAAUACAAGAUGUUAAUAAGCGGGCUUUUUAUCUCCAUCCUAAUAUUAGUAUAUAUUUAUUAUAAGUACGUAAUAUUCAAUUUCUGGCGAAAAAAGGGAGUGUUUGUACCUGUCGAACCUGUUGUACCGACUGGCAAUGUGACCAAAUCUGUGAUUGGAAAAAUGUCAAUAGGCGAACUCAUGAAAAAUUUCUAUAUGAAAUAUAAGGAACAUCGUGUUAUUGGAAUCUACACAUUUUUCGAACCAAAUCUGAUAGUCGCCGAUCUCGAUCUAAUUCAAACUGUGCUCACGAAGGAAUUCAAGAGUUUUUAUGAUCGUGGAACGUAUUGCAACGAAAAGGUCGAUCCACUAUCUGGUCAUUUGUUUUUAUUGCCCGGAAAAAAGUGGCGGAAUUUACGCGUCAAAUUGGCACCCACUUUCACAUCCGGCAAGAUAAAACAAAUGUUCACGGUUAUAAAAGAGUAUAGUGAAGAGUUGACGAAGAGUUUAGAAAUGGAAACUCAUACAAAAAAUGCAGUUGAUAUCAAAGAAAUAUUUGCAAGAUAUACGACGGAUAUAAUUAUGUCAACUGCAUUGGGAAUAAAGUCCAACUGCUUAGUUGAGGCGAAUAAUGAAUAUCGAUACUGGGGAAAGAAAUUUUUUGAAAUAAAUCCUUUUUGGGCCGCUAUGACGAUAUUCGCACCACAAAUUUUGGAAUUCUUUUCCAUUCCUGCUACGGAUCGUGGUGUCACCAAGUUCUUCACGAAAUUAUUCCGUGACAAUGUGGAGUACAGGCAAACUCACAACGUCGUAAGGCACGAUUUUAUGAAUUUACUUAUACAACUCAUGGAGAAAGGCUACGUUGAACUCGACGACGAUAAUAAGGGCACCGCCGAUAAAUCUUCUGACACGAAUAAACUUACCAUGUUGGAAGCGACCGCACAAGCCUUUCUCUUCUUCAUAGCUGGCUUCGAAACAUCGUCGACUACGGCGACGUUCUGCCUGUAUGAAUUAGCCAUACAUCAGGAUAUACAAGACAAAAUUCGCCAGGAGAUCAAUGAGACGUUAAAAAAGCAUGGUGGACUGACUUACGAUGCUGUGAACGAAAUGACGUAUCUACACAAAGUAGUCCAAGAAACCUUACGGAAAUAUCCACCUGGAACUAUUCUGAAUCGUGUCUGUACCAAAGAGAUAGUCCUCCCAACGACAAACGUUCGCAUUCCGGAAGGGACAUUGAUCACUAUACCAGUGCUCGGAGUACAACGAGAUCCGUCAAUAUACCCGGAUCCGGACAAAUUCGAUCCUGAACGUUUCAACGCGGACCAAGUGGCAGCGAGGCAUCCUUACGCUUUCUUGGCAUUUGGUGAAGGACCACGUAUCUGCAUUGGUGCAAGGUUUGGUUAUGUGCAAGCAAAGAUUGGAAUUAUAAGCAUCGUAUCGAAGUUCAAGGUUAAAUUGCAUCCACAAACUGCGGUACCACUCGAAUUUGAUAAUAAGACGUUUAUACUCACUGCCAAAGAUGGUGUGCAUCUUAUUAUUGAAUCGCUGUAAGCUAAUCGCGCUGAUAUUUUUAAGUUGUAAAAUGGAUUCUGACGAGGUCUGGGAGCAAAAUGUUACAUACAGAAAGAUGAGACGCUGACACUCUAGUAAAUAUUAUUAAAACCUAUUUUUUAUUUAUAAUAAAAGUAUGGCCAUAUUUCAAAACGCACG